AUGGCAGCUCACAUUGCGAAUCGAGGGCCGCAGCUCAUGGCUGUGAAUAUCACAUUCUUCGCCAUGGCACUGGUCACUUGUCUUUUGAGAUGCUAUGUUCGGUUGUUCAUGGUCAAUGGGUUCAGGAAGGACGACUGGCUGAUGGUCGUCGCUAUGGUAUUCUUCACUUGCUAUGCGACUUCGUCGACUGUAGGUGUCACGUUCGGCACGGGAAGACACCACGACGACCUCGAGACCAAUCAAAUCCACACCGCGAUGAUGUGCUGGUGGUUCUGCUACCUCGGAUACGCCCUCACCAUGAUAUCCUGCAAACUCUCCAUCGGCUACUUCCUACUCAGAGUCACAACCGAAAAGAUCCAACGAUGGACCAUCUACCUCGCCAUGUUUUCGACUGCCCUCUCGUGCGGCAUCUUCUUCUUCGUCACCCUAUUCCAGUGUCAUCCUAUAUCGUACUUCUGGAACAAGGACCAAGAUGGCAAAUGUAUUGAUCCCGGUGUCGUCAUUGGACUAGCGGCUCUCUAUAGUGUCUUCGCUGUGGGUUCUGACCUUGUCUUUGCGCUGCUUCCUGGGUGGAUUGUGUGGAAUCUGCAGUUGCACAAGCGAACGAAAUACUCACUGAUCCCUCUACUCGCUAUGGGUUGCAUUGCUAGCGCAGCCGUCAUCGCUCGAUUCCCAUACUUGCACCUCCUUGGAGAUCCCGAUUUCCUCUGGAAUACCACUGAUAUCGCCAUCUGGUCAACAAUCGAGCAAGGACUAGCCAUCACAGCAAGUAGCUUAGCAACUCUACGGCCUCUGAUCAAACAAAUAGCCUUCCGCCUGAACCUGACCAGCAAGCCUCUAUCACUCGGCCCAUCUGGCUACGGAUCAUCACCGCGCACACCUGGGCCCGGGACACCGAGAGCAUUCUUAAGUCGAGAGGCGUACACACUAUCAUCAGUGAGUCGUCAGGAUGGCCCUGAGAAGAAAGGGUCGGGGUUUGAUUCGAGACAACCAAGCGAUCUCAAGCUUGGCAUUAAGAAGGAGACCAAGUGGGAGGUCAAGAUAACGAAAACAGCCAUGAGUGAGAGCGAGGAGGAGCUGCAUUCGCCCAGAGCAUGGAGGAACAAUAACAUCGUUUAG